UGGUUCUCCCUAACGUGUCUAUAGAGUCGUUGGAAACAUAGUGAAGUGUGUUGAAUCUUUUUUCACAGGUAAGAAGAGUAAUUCUUUAUGUUUUGUGUUUUUGCUUUACUAUUUUGACAACAAUUUUGUUUGUUUGUUUUGUAGUUUAUCACUGACAGUGAUGUGCUUACGAGACUCUACCAGUUGCUUGCAAGAGAUGACACCGAAGGUAUCCAAAAGAGAUUUUGUUGGAUAAUUUCGAGACUAACUAAUGGGAAAGGAGCUCCGAUAGAGGUAUUAACCUUUUUUCUGCUAUAAAUGACAAAAAAGACAGAAUUGUUCACAGAAAAUAGUAGUGACUGUUUUUAAUCAUAUUGUACAGGAUGUGCUUGGGACUGAGAUAUAUGACAAGACUGUUAAUGUCUUGAAGAUGAGAAAAAGCAGCACAUGCGGUAUGUUAUUCGGUAGUAACUAGUCGUCAGCUUCAAAAGAAAACACUUUGGCUCUUGUGACGUGAGACUAUCUUUUGUUAAUAAAAUGUCUAUCAACUUAGUAAUUUUUGUUAUUGUCGUCUGAGUCAUUUGAAGUAUAAGAUUUGAUCUUGUGAUGUGAGACUAUCUUUUGUUAUUAAAAUGUCUUCAACUUAGUAGCUUUUGUUAUUGUCGUCUACUCAAGUGCAUAAUGGUACAUGUUUUUGUUGCAAUCUUUUUUCUUUCUCUAGUGUUCCACUCUGUAAGAACUUGCUUGUGGCCAUCAUCAAAAUGAAUUUCUUCAUAAAUUGUACAAAGUAUGUAUAUUCCUAUUUUAUAGUAUGGUUGUAAUCCAAUGGACAAGCUUAGUAUGCAUGAUUAUAAUAUGAUAUCACAUCAAUAAAUUUGUCGUAUAUAUAUGACCUGAAUUUUUGAUAAAGGUUAUCUCUAAAUAAUAUAGACCGUUAAUUAAUUUUGUGAUAAUUAUAAUAAGAGACUGGCUAAUUAUUCAAAAACAUAUUAUCUUUUUUAAAAACUAGAAUGUGAUUCUUUCCAUUCUAUGUGGCACACAAAAUCUCAUAAAAUUAAAUAGAUUUGGUUAGUCUAAAGUUGGUAUAGAAAAAAGUUAUAUUAUCUCGUUGGUUUGAAGUUAAUUUGGUCUUUAUUAUUUUUUGUUUUGAAAAUUUGCAAUCAGUUCAAAAAUUUAAAAGGUUUUAUCUCGAGUUAGGGGUCUGAACCUCAUAACAUACAAUUUCUUGUAAAUUAUAAAGAUGUGAAGUUUUCUGUAAGUUUCAAAAUGUUGCAACUUGUUAGCAUAAUAAUUACAUUUUGGAGUCGUUAUUCAUAGAGUCGUUUAUAAUACUUCAUAUAUUAAAGAUAAUUGGUUAUCAUUUGUAACAUAAAUAUAGAUUAGACGAUAUAAUUUGAUUCGAUCGGUAGUAAAAUAAAGAGACAUACCAGCAUUGCCGAAACAUACAAACUAAUCGGAUAUUUGUAGAAACCAAAAAUGAAAAGAGGAAUAGAGAGAAGUUAACAUAAAAGAAUAUAGUCAAACUUAUAAAUUUAUAAGAUAUACUAGUCAAAAGGAAAAAUACUUCAAAUACUUAAAAGAAUUGGAAAAAUAAUACUAUAAGAUUCGAUCGUAUACCCAACAUACAAGCCAAGCACACUUAAUUGAACACAUCCCUCUAUAUAAAACACAUACUCACAGUCACCCUCAUAGACAAAAACAAAAAGGCAGCAAGAAACACUAGCGAUGUCGUCCACAGCAAGAAACCGAAAGUCGAGUAGGCUGCAGCGGCGGGCUCCACCGCCUCUAAAGAUAAACCCAUCCGUUGCAAACUGGAAAAUUGUUAUUCCUCUUUUACCACCUACGGAGUCACCGCCACAGAAGCCACCAACGGCAAUGAAGAGGGAGGAGCAACGGUGGGGGAAAGAGGUGGAGAAGCCGCCGGUUUUCAAGAAGUGGCAACACCCAGCGGCUCCGUUUUACUACCAGCCAGGGCCGUCGUCUAAUCAGCCGUUUGCAUGGCCAAACUAAUUAACGGUCUCUUAAUACUAUAGGGCUACCACGUACAUGCAUAUAUAUACAUAUAUAUGCUUUUUAUGCCGACCACAUAGGUUAAUAACCAUAUAAAAAUAUAACUGAUUAUGUAGCGUAUACAUAUAUCAGCUUUAUGCAAUAACUAUAUAUGUGUUUUUUACUUUUUACUUUUAAUGAAAGAUGCAAUAAUAUAUGUGUAAGAUGA